AUGGCGGGUGUCGACAAGAAUUCGAGCAACCAGCGCGCUGCGGUGCACUUGUUCCCGCUGCAAGAGGCGCGCGGGGUGAAGAGCAGCGAGGUCCUGGAUGCGUUGCACCAGGCUCAGCGUCGACACCCCAUUCGCGAAGUCUGGGCUUCGUCGCUGAGGCUGCCCACGAAGCUCACCGAGUACAUCAGCGCAGUUUGUCAGGAGUUUUCUACACCUGUCCGCCAAGAGGCAGUUCUGCUACUGAAGCGGUACGUGAAGCAGUCCGCAGCGGCUGGCGUGAAGCCCCAGAAUCUGCAGGUGGUUGCCCUGACCUGCGCCAAUCUCGCAGCCAAGUACUGGCAACAACGAGGCAUCCCCGAGCAGCAAUUGCACUGGCUUUCCUGCAAUGCUUUCACGCGCCAGGAUUUCAUUGAUGCCGAGGUGGAUGUCCUCCGAGUGCUGGACUGCAACGUCCACUGGGACGGGGCGCUGCUGGCCGAGUGGGUGCCCCUGCUGCUCUUCCUAUGUGAGGAUCUGCUGCUGGAGGCUUCGGACAUGGCUGUCAUCAUGGCGGUGGCGUCGCACGUCAUCGACAUACUUGCAUUUCAGGAUGACCUCAUGUCCUCCUAUUGGCCUUCUGAGCUAGCUGCCGGCACAAUUCAGGCCACAAUCUUCUUGUGUACAAAGUCCUUCGAAGGGUUCACCUUCUGCCGUCGGGUGAAUCAUCUCUGCCGCAUUCAGGACUGUCAAAUCAGCGCCCUGUCCGAAAAGAUACUGACAGCGGCGAUUGGCAAGAAAGGGACGGAGCUGAUCCUCGAGGGCAGUGGCAGUUGUGAGCUUGAGCCUCUUCCGGCACUGCCACAUGGCGAGUCUGACUCGGAGAAGCUCUGA